UCGUCUUCUUCGUCUUCCCUUAAGACCUCCAAGUCCUCUCUUCAUUUCCAUUUCCCCUAAAUCUCUAACCCCUAAAUCCCUCUUUGUUUCCUCCAAUCAUUCCUUACUGACCCCACAUAUACAAAUAUAUUUAUAUAUGAUCCACUUCCUCAAUCCAAAGUCGCCAUUGAACUUCUCUUUGCUCUAAGCCUUUUCUGUUCAUAUCACCUAAACCCCCAUUUCUCCCUUCCCAUUCCAACCACAAACGGAUUCGUAAUGCCUGCCUUCAAUCUCUCGCCUCUCUUCCUUCUCUUUGUCAUUUUCGCCGUUUUCUUGUGCGGCACGUUUUGCCUCGCCGACUGGAAGUCGCCGGCGGUCAAUCCUCUUGAUUCCUCGAUCUUGUUUCCCGUCAAAGGGAAUGUUUAUCCUCUAGGGCAUUUUACGGUUUCUGUUACUAUUGGCAAUCCGCCGAAGGUUUUUGAACUGGAUAUUGAUACUGGGAGUGAUCUAACUUGGGUUCAAUGUGAUGCUCCUUGUACUGGCUGCACUCUGCCUCGUGAUAGGCUCUAUAAACCGCAUAAUAACGUUGUACGUUGUGGAGAACCAUUGUGUGCGGCACUUUUCUCCGCAAGCAAGUCCCCUUGUAAGAACCCAAAUGAUCAAUGUGACUAUGAGGUUGAGUAUGCUGACCAUGGAUCAUCCAUUGGUGUAUUGGUCAAAGAUCCUGUUCCUUUGAGACUCACUAAUGGAACUAUCUUAGCUCCCAAUUUGGGCUUUGGUUGUGGAUAUGAUCAACAUAAUGGGGGUUCGCAAUCGCCUCCUUUGACGGCUGGUGUACUUGGGCUUGGAAAUAGUAAAGCUACCAUGGCAACUCAGCUAAGCGCUCUCAGUCAUGUACGCAACGUACUGGGGCACUGUUUCAGUGGACAAGGGGAUGGAUUUCUAUUCUUUGGAGGAGACCUUGUUCCAUCUUCAGGGAUGUCGUGGAUGCCGAUUCUACGCACCCUGGGAGGGAAGUACUCGGCUGGACCUGCGGAGGUUUAUUUUGGUGGGAAUCCUGUUGGAAUUAGAGGCCUUAUACUAACUUUUGACAGUGGAAGCUCUUACACUUACUUCAACUCUCAAGUUUAUGGAGCAGUACUGAAUCUGUUGAGGAAUGGUUUGAAAGGACAACCUUUAAGAGAUGCACCUGAAGAUAAGACCCUCCCGAUGUGCUGGAAAGGCUCAAAAGCUUUCAAAUCAGUGGCUGAUGCGAGAAACUUUUUCAAGCCCUUGGCCUUGAGCUUUGGAAACUCCAAGAAGGUUCAGUUCCAAAUACCACCUGAAGCCUAUCUAAUUAUCAGUAAUUUGGGCAAUGUUUGCUUGGGAAUUUUGAAUGGGUCCCAAGUAGGAUUGGGGAAUGUUAACCUGAUUGGAGAUAUCUCUAUGCUUGAUAAAAUGAUGGUCUAUGACAACGAGAGACAGCAAAUCGGUUGGGCUCCUGCAAACUGUAGUAGGCCUCCAAAGAAAUGAAUUGAUAAGUUUUGUUAUUCAAGGUGGGUAUAACGGCUGGAGAAGUGUUCUACUCAAGAGAAAAAUCAAUUACUGACCAAAGGUAUAUACUAUAGCUCUUGUAUUUGAAGGGAUUAUACAAAAAUAAUAAAAUGAUGAUUUUGAUAUAAUCUUGUUAAACUGAUUCAUUUUAGGUUUGUUCUCAAACAACCGCAGAAAAGUAGUUUUGUUUAGUACAACAAGUAAAAGUGUCAUAUUUAAACUUCUAACUUUAAGAUAUUCCAUAUCAAGUAGCAUAAUGUUAACAAUUUGUUUAAUGAAACAUGGAAAUAGGUAAUUGAAUAAUCAAAUAUGAUAGGAGUUCAGGUUGUAGGUUCUUGAACGUUUGAACUUUAGCUUAAUUUAAUUUGUCUUGAGCUGAAUACGUGGGAUGGGAAGUUGAGGACGUAGAAGAUUUUGGAUUUAUAUGGAUGAACUAAUAGCUUGGACGAGAUCCACUCAAAUGAAACUCUUGAUAUUGAUUUUCAUUCUUAAUUAAAACUGAUCCAAUUAUAAUGGAUUUACAUUCAUGUAUCAAUCAAUGAAACUCGACUACAAAGCAAAUUGAAUUGUUUUGAGCUGGUGUAACAUAAACAGUUUGUAACUGAAUUUUGAUUUUCAUUGAGGUCAUUCACAUCCUCGAGAGUAUUGUAGAUUAUCAAGAUUGAUUGCCAA